AUGUAUAUCCAGAAAUGGUAUCCUAAUGCGGGAAGAGAGGAUAAGUUUCUGGUCCAAGUUCCAAUAUGGAUAAAGUUACCUGGGCUUCCUAUGGAAUAUUGGGAGGAAGAUGUGUUUACUGGGAUAGCCAAUUCUUUUGGGGAGCUUAUCACCAUAGAUCUGGUUACGGCAUCCAGAAGAAGACUUAUUUAUGCUAGAAUCUAUGUAGGGGUUGGGGCCAAAACGGAUAUGCCAGAGGAAAUAGAGAUAGAAUCAAAACUAGGCAAAUGGAUGCAGAAGAUUGUCUAUGAAUCAAUCCCUUUUGCUUGCUUUCACUGUAAGAAAGUUGGGCACUGGGCUAAAAGGUGCCGAAGCAAUGUGGUAAAAUCUCAAUCCCAAACUAAAGUCUGGAAAAAGGUGGACAACUCUUUGAAAGUUUCUCCUUCUGAUUAUUCGGAUCAGGAGAAACAAUCCCAGGUAGGAAGGAUAGAAGAGGUGUUAGCCAGAGAAUCAGGAAAUGAAAUGAAGAAAGGAGAGGAAAAUAAGAUCCCCAAUCAGGAAAAGGAGUAG